AUGUUUAAUUUGAAAUUAUCUAAAAGAAUUUCCAUUUUAGAGAAAAGCCCAAAGGGAAAAGAUGAACAGAUUCCUUUAUUAAUUAAAGAGACACCGUUCUUCAAAACUUCUACUUUCCACGAGGCAAAUAGUUUUCUCAAAGAUGGUGGGAAAAUUCUAUGUUUGAUAGGAAAAUGGGGUUCCGGGAAAUCGACAACAGCUAAAAAUGUAUACAAGUCCCUCACUGGAAGGCAACCAAUUGUAAUAGAGGACAUACUGAAGUUUGAUGUGAGUUCUUGUCAGGAUUCUAUCAUCGUAGAGGAACCAUUACCAAGAGAGGAUAUUUCUGACGAGGAAGAAAAUAACCGUGUAGAAAAAAUUAUUUAUUUAUGCAAACAUAUCCUGAAAACAAAUCAUACAUUUAUGAUUAUUACUUCAACUGAAGAAGCUUGGGAAACAAUUACAGAUGAAGUCAAGAAAUGUGACGUUGAUGAUAAUGAAUAUUGCUAUGGAGAUAGGAGUCAAAUCUUUCACACCAUUUUCCAGUUUUAUAAUCCAGAUAAACCAUUCUCUAUAGUAGAAGAAAAUGUAACAAGAUUUCAAAUUAAUAGUUUGGGAUUCCCGGAAACAUGUGCAUUGUUUUCUAAAUGUAGCGAAUUUCAGAAAUCAAAAGGUGGUGUUUUAUUCUUUAAUAGACCACUGCGUUAUUUAAGUUUAUACCUGGAAAAAAUGUGUCACACUUCAAGAGAAAAACAAAAAUUUCUCGUACUAGUAUAUAUGAGUUUAAAUAAUAUGAAAAUAGAUAUGGACAAAUCGAACGACAAGCUUUGGGAAAUAUUCAGAUUAUGUGGUCUAAACACUGACAGUGUACGUCUAAAGUCAAUUAUACCCUCGGAAUUAGUCGUAAAAGAAGAGCCGUCAGUCUACGUGUUACAACACGAAGUUAUUAAAAGAAUAACACUCAUAACAUUUGGGAAGCUUUAUUUCUCAGUUUUACUUCGGUUUUCAUCGCGGAAAGAUCUGGAAGGCUGGAUAAAACACAAGAAGAGAACAUUCAUAGUAACAGAAUUACUGGAGGACGGUAGGAAACAAGCCUCGGAUAUAGAACCAUUUCUUGAAAUUAAUGAUGAGCAAUGGACUGAAUAUCAAGAAAAAAUGGGGAAGACAAUUCAAGAAAAAUGUGAGAACAGUGAAUAAAUAAAAUAGCAAAAAUAAUACUGACGUCUUAAACAUUAAUUAUUGCUGGAGUGUGGAUAUAUUCUUCAUAUGCUGGUUAUCAGUAUCCAAGUGUAAAACAAGGUUAUCAAGAUUUAAUCCGCAGAAAACACCAAUCCAUAAUUUAGGUAAGGCAGUGAAUAAAAUAUCCUUGUAAGAAAGAUAAUG